ACGCAUGUGCAUAAUCAUCAGAGUUGGGGACGGAAACAUUAAUUAGGAAUGAAUUACUCUGGUUGUCUUCAGGGUUUAGCUUGGCUGAGACAUAAAUAUAGCUAAUUGCAUUUGCAUUGGUCUAUUUAGUGCUUUGCAACAGAUAAUUGAUCACAAUAUGUCCAGAAUUGAAGCAGGCCCGUCUCUGCGAACAAUCACAUGGGACAAUAACUAUUCCUUGUGUUGGAGAUGCAAACGAGUUGCUUUCCCAGCAUUCUGCUGGCGUCCCGUCCCACGGAGUCAUUCACCUCCUGAGAGGGAGGGAUGUGCGCAGAGGGUGGGUGGGGAUUAUCAAAGUCCCCGUUCUGGCGCUAAUCCACAACGUUAACUCCAGCAGCCACUCUGAAACCUAAACCCUUCUGCCAGAGGCUUGAUUAAACCUUUGGGUCGCAUUUAGUGCCCGACAACGCCGACGCUGAGGACGAGACGAUACGAGUCCCGGUCCCGUUCGUCCCUCUGCCCCCGGAGCGCUGCACUCGCAGCCUCGUGGCAGAUUUUGCCUGGCAGUGCUGAGGAGACGGGCGCCUCGGAGCGAAGCGGGACAGGAAGACAGAUGGGUUCUGCAGGAGACGGGCCGUUUUUCACAGCGCGUCGUCUGCUGUCGCGUUAGCGUUAGCCGCUAGCAGCUAGCGGCUAGCUAAGGUUUUGGGGGGAAACGUGCGGGAUUGAGAUAGAAAGUUCUCCCAAAAAUGUCUGGUUCACCCUCGAUUUAGCCCCUUGGCGCCGUUAUCCAACCAACGCUGACACGUUUGCUAAAUUUAUAAGCUUUUACUCCCCCUGAAGCUCAGUUCUCUCACCUGCCUGGCCCGGAUUUGUGAAAUAACCUUGGUUCUCGACUGGCGCACCUGCUCUCCUCAGAUUGUUCAACCCUUUUGUCUGACUUGGCAGCAGCGCUUUCUUGCCUUAGAGAGCGACGCGUUUGAUGUGUUUACCUCAUAAACACAUGAACGUGUGAUUUUGUGAGAUUUGUUUAUUUGGCAGCAUCCGUUGGUGACAUUGUGGACGAGAGGAAGCUUCAGCCUAUAGGAUCAAAUGAUUAGUUUGUUUUUGAGGAUUACUGUAAAACAAAUUACACACCGCAUGAUAUAGGCUUAGAGAAAAUCUAAUUUGAUUUUACAGACCGUGAAUUCGCAGCAUGAAAUACUAUAAGAGGCACAUACCGGGAAUUUCAAAUGUACAAUUUAUUCCAAAUCAUCCUGAUGAUCUAAAACUAUCACAGAGCAUGAGGCAUGAUAAUUGAAUAUUUGCAUAAUCAAAUUACAAAUGGGCCUCGUCCACACGAGCACUACACAACUGACUGAUUCUGUUAUUUGUGUCUACAGGAGGUUUCCUCUUGCAUUAUUUGCCAGUUGAUGCUUUUGCAGAUUUGUAUGCAACAAAGCACUGGCACGCUAUUCCAGGAAUAAUUAGCUAUCUUUUACCGCUCCGCCAGCACGCGGAGAAACCACACGCGGCGAGGUCACGAGAUCACACAUCUCUGCUGCAUUUUGGAUCCAAUAAAGAAAAGUCAAAUAACAAAGACUGACAGAAGGCUGAAGUGGCCCAACGAUGCAAAUGACUUGAUGAGCUGCUGCAAGUAUGACAGUCUGAACUGACACAGAAACGCCCCCACCACGCAUGUGUAACCCACCCAUGGACCCUGGAGAGGGGGUGAAGCCAACACAAACGCUGCCUCUAUCUAGCGAUGCAUGAGUAAGGGCCCUGUUUGUGUCGUGCGUGUGCAGCCGAACAGAGGAAAAAUGAGUCAUGAUUCAUUUCCAACGCUCUCAUUAUAUGAGCAGCUGCUUCCCUUUGAUGUGAUUAUGAGUGGGAGAGGUGGGGAAAGAUUUGGAGGGAGAGAGACGGUGAACUUCUGUAAGAGAGAGAGACUAAGACUCAGUGUAGGGAGUGAUAAAGAUGACAAUUUCAACAACAACAGCCAAAUGGCUCCAAGACCCUUUGGCGGCAUGUUGCUCCUGCCAGCGUCUGACUAAAGUUGUACGAGUGAGGAGUGACUUUCUUUAUUGAUGCUUUCAUGUCUGAUAUAAAUACACAAGUGAAGCUGGGAGUAGUUGUGCAUCGCGUCCAUACAUUAUUGAGAACGACUUGGAUUGAGUCGGAUUAAAAACACACAGGAGAAAACACACAGGGAAAAACCCUUCAUACAUAUACAUAUACAUAUACAUAUACAUAUACAUAUACAUAUACAUAUACAUACGUGUGUGUUAUAUUUUUUUAACAUGCAGCAAAAUCUCUUUUAAGGUCCAGGGAUGUCAAAUGAAUUCAAUGAAGUGUAAGAAAAAGAAAGCCCCCCGUGCACUCGUCAGUGUUCCUCUUUGGCAUAUUGAAGAAUAUAACAAUGCGGUUGAUGCUCUUAAAGCUGCAUGACUGGAGUUAAAAAUAACAGGUUUUCAGUUGUGUGCCCUGGAGUGAAAAGGCAUAUUCAGUAGAUUUUUGCAAAUUCAGAAGGUAUUUCUUGUGCACAGCUGGAAAUUGCCAUCUCAAAUAAAAAGGUCAGAAGGUGUUCCCACAAAAAAAAGGAAAACAAACAGACAAAACUGAAUUUCUCCUCCAGGGACAAAAGUAAUAUCCUCAGCAAAUUAAAUGGAAAUUGUCCUAUUAGUUUCUGACAUCUUGGGGAGGGAGUUGACAGUUUGACCCGAGGGUUUCCCAGAAGGGAAACUCUUACAAUUUACAAAAUGGAAAUGGUUCAAGCAUGAACGUACAUUUUCGCGCGUCAUUUUUCUUGUGCCGCGCGGCUGACAGCUCCUGCGAGGGCCAAGACGAAAAUGACUGCGGGGGAUCCGCGGCGACCUGUUGCUGGAAGCGCGUCUAAACACAAAUACCCCACUCUACGGCGCGUGCGUCGGGAUUAGAGCGUCAUUACAAGAAAGUUGGCAUUAACGCGGCGAGCGUCGCCUGCGGCGCUGCGCUUCCGGCGCGGCUUUCGUUCCUCUGAUGUUUGUUUUUAAGUAGCGACACCUUGGCGGCGCGUGCGCGUCUUUAACGAGUUUCUAUCUGUCUCGCGCUCGCCCGGCGGCGGCAAACUGCGGGCGACACUUCAAAUCUGCUCCGGCAGUCAUCUCGAAGCCCGGCGUGUUUGUGUGCUGCGUAAGCGCACGUGGUCGCCUCCGCGCCCGCGCUUUACGCGGCGUGCGCGCUCCCGAGCCUGCCGCUUCCCGCGCCCUGGUCACGAUCGCGCGUCACGCGGCGCCCGUUCGUCGCUUUGCCUGUAAAGAGAGGAGCGGGAGCGAGGCCUCUCCGUAACCGAUUUAGACGGCCUGUGUGCGCACGCCGGGGCUCGCGCGUGCGCGCGCGCGCGCCAGGGACCGGGUGAAAGUGCCGGAGGGGAGACAGACCGAGAGAAGCAAAGAGAGACAGAUGAAGCGCGGCAGAGAUGGAGGGACGGAACACGAGGCUUUGCGCGUCCGCUCCGGUGGCAGUGGCAGCAUUUGCACCAAUUACUCACGCGCAGACAGCGCGUUGUGUGUUGUGACAGGUGUCCCGCUUUUUGUGACGGAAACAGAAAUAUAGGUGGCAUCUCAUUAUAUGUAUUACCCCGUUCAGAUGGAGCCAUCUGUCACCACGCACCACCUCUAAUGCAUCAUUAUUCCCAUCAUUAUUACUGCCCUGCUCCUCGGCUCUGACCGUGUUCAUUUAUGUGGACCAGCUGGAGGAGAGAAGAGGGAGCGAAGCUGGAGAUAAACAGAGUAGUGAAACAUGGACGUCUCCUUUCAGAUGGAUGGAUGGAGACUUUUCUCUCUCUUCUGCUACUUUUUGAGGCCCAGCUUUGUCUCCUGGGGACGACUGUGGACCACGAGGAAGAAAACAGUUUCUCUUGUUGUGCAACAUCAUCCAUCUUCCGACCGUGGAAGCGCCUUCGCCUCACCGCAAAAUCUUCAUAGAGGUUCACGGCGAGAAAAGAAGCAAGGAGCGUUUUGUGUCUUGAGGAGUGGAAGGAAACAAGCGGAGCAAAGUAGAGGAAGCAGGUUUUGCCGUUGUUCCCAGGGUUGAUCCACUUCUAUAGAGGGAGCAUGAAGACAAGCUGUGUUGCUCGGCCCUGCAGUCCCACAACACAUAGCCUAACAUGGGUCCCCUGCUAAUCACUAUAAUGAGCACCGAGCUGUGACUGGCCUUCUUCCCUGUUUCACCACCUCACCCAGACCUUUGACCUUUGACCUUUUUGCUCUCCUUUGCCUCUUCCCUUUAUCCUAGAAAUCUUUAUUUUUUGCUUUUUUACUCCCGUGUCACUCUCCCUCAGCUCGUUCACUGUUUCCCUUCACUGUCAUCAUGCAGACGCCUUUUGCCACAUCCACUCUCCUCCUCUUCAUAUGUCCCUCCCUCCUAUUCUUCUUUCACCUCCCCUACACAGUGAACGGGGACUGCUGGCUCAUUGAGGGGGAUAAAGGUUACGUGUGGCUCGCUAUCUGCAGCCAAAACCAGCCGCCGUUCGAAACUAUCCCUCAACACAUCAACAACACAGUCCACGACUUGAGACUAAACGAGAACAAGUUGAAAGCCGUGCUCUUCAGCUCCAUGUACCGGUUCACCAACCUGACUGACCUCAACCUCACCAAAAACGAAAUCAGCUACAUUGAGGAUGGAGCCUUUGCAGGACAAGCAAAUCUACAGGUUCUUCAGCUGGGUUACAACAAACUGACAAACAUAACUGAGGGUAUGAUGAGAGGACUCGGCCGCAUGCAAUGCCUCUUCCUCCAGCACAAUCUCAUUGAGGCUAUAGCCAGCAAUGCAUUCUGGGAGUGUCCAAGCCUCAGCAGUAUUGACCUGUCGUCCAACAAACUGGCCCGCAUCGAUCCGUCCACGUUCACGGUUCUCAAUCGCCUCAUGGUGUGCGAGCUGGCGGCAAAUCCGUUCCACUGCGGCUGUGAUCUUUACAGUUUCCUGCUGUGGUUGGAGUCGUUCAACAACGUCACGCACACCUACGACCGUCUUCAGUGCGAGACGCCCCGGGAGAUGUUCGGCUACCCCCUACUGAGUCCCAUUGUGUCUGGCCACGCUGGCAGGAAUGCCAAAAACAUCCUGUUUCACCACUGCAGAGACGGCGUGAUGAUCCCAGGAAUGACCUCUCUCCCACCGGACUUAGAAGGUCCCUCUGGGAUUGGGCCGGACGUGGGCUUUGUGGGGCCAUACCUGCAGCCCACCACCUCCUCCUCCUCUGAGCACGGUAGCUUCAGUCCCAGCAUCAAGCUCCAUCACGUCUCUUUGUCGUCAGCCUCGCUUCUUGUGCAGAUCCCACGGCCCUUUAGCAAAAUGUACAUUCUAACACAAUACAACCACACGCUAGUGUCAGACAUCAUGAAUUUGAAGAACAAGAAGGAGAUGAUCACACUGAACAAGCUGCGGCCGCACAACAAUUACACUUUCUGUGUGGGGUCCAUCCGCAACUCCCAGCGUUACAACCACACCUGCCUUACGUUCUCCACUCGAACUCCUAACCAUGAUGACAUGCUCCCCACUCCUUCCACCACUACUCACUACAUCAUGACCAUCGUGGGGUGCCUUUUUGGCAUGCUCAUUAUAUUAGGCUUUGUCUACUACUGUCUGCGUAAGAAGCGGAUGCACGAUGAGAAGAGGAAGUCCAUCUGUGUCAAGAAAACCAUUCUGGAGAUGCGCUACGGCCCAGAGGUGGCGGCUGCCGUGGCAAAUGAUCCGUCAGCUGUCCACAAGCUUCAAGAGCAGUCCAGAGAGCAUCAUCAGUACCAGCAUCACCACGGAGGCAAACUGCCCAUGUCAACGUCCUCCAGCUCAGGAAUGCUGCACUCAGCCAACACCAGUUCAUCCAGACUUUCAUCAAUUCCCCAAGUGGAAAAGAUGGCGACUGCCUUCUCAGAGGCCAUGGCUGCGAGUAAAGGAAACUAUAUGGAUGUCAGGACUGGAGGGGCCGGGAUGGAGAGGAUGGGAGAUGGAGGCCAUGGAGGAAUGAGAGGGGAGGACUUGAGGGACGAUGACGGAACAGAUCUCGGCGAAGACUCGGACGAUGACGGACACGGCUCUGCAUCGGAGAUCUCCACCAUCGCCAUGGAGGUGGACAAGGUGAAUCAGAUCAUCAACAACUGUAUUGAUGCGCUGAAGCUGGACGCUGCAGCAGUUUCUUCUUCGGGGGCCUGUACGAACCCUGCAGCCUCCUCCAACCCUACUUCACCUCCUCCUAACAGUGCAUCCUCCCUCACCCGUGGCCUAAUACCACUGUCUCAAGGGUUGACAGAGGCAUGCCAGGUUAUUGUUCCCAACAAAAUACCCCCUCCACCUCCACUCCCUGCCCUCAAUACCCCUCUCUCUGAGCGCCCGGGGAUCAGUGGCGGUGGCUUUGUCGUGAGUCCCCCGUACCGCCCCCCUCCGCCAGCCACCGCUGUGCGUCCCAUCCAGCGGCAGAUGAGUGCAGACGCGGCCGUGGUGAUCGUAAAUGCCGUCAAAAAACAGUGCAGCACCACCUCCUGUGGCUCCGUGGGUCGGGACAAGGAGCGUGGCGGGCCCAGGGUGUACAGUCUGGAUGUUCCGGAGCCAAGGAGCCCCGAUGCGUGCAAUCAGCAGCAGCAGUACCCUGAUAGGGCCAGUCCCAUCAGCUGUGGGGAGCCCUUGGAUAGACUGCCUUUGGUGGGGAGUGGGAGCUGUACUGGGGGGAGUGGUGGUGGUUGCGACAGUGGUGGUGUUGGUGCCCAAAAUCAGGACAGCCAUAAGUCACACCACUACCAUCAACAGCAGCAAAUACAGCAGCAGCAGCAGCAGCAGCAGCAGCAGCAGCAGCAGCAGCAGCAGCUGGAGGUGCAGCAGGACUACCACUGCUCGGAGCAUCGCCACUCCGUCCCGGCCCUGUACUAUGAGGGCUCCCACCAGGGCUCCCCGGCCCAGAGGGUUUCCUUCCUCAAGCCUCUGACACGCUCCCGCAGAGACGCAGCCUCUUACUCCCAGCUAUCGCCUGCCCGCCACCAUUCCAGUUACUCUGGCUACUCCUCCAGCCCGGAGUACUCCUCAGAAAGCUCGCUGCGCAUCUGGGAACGCUUUCGUCCCUACCGGAAGGGCCAGCGGGACGAGGCCUGUUACGUGACGGCGGGGAACGCCCUUCGGAAAAAGGUGCAGUUCGCUAAAGGUGAGGACUUGCAUGACAUUCUCGAUUACUGGAAGGGCGUGUCGGCGCAGCAGAAGUUGUGACUGUGACAAACACGCCGGGACACUCGUCUCCCUGACAGGCCCGGGGGGCAGAGGAACAAUUUGGAGCUCAUAGAGAGGAAAAUGUAGGAAUAAAUUUUGCCUUUGGGUUUUUUUGGCAUGCAAGGUGUAUAGAAUAUCGAGCUAAGAGCAAGGACUGUGAAACAGUGCCUGCGAUAUGAGACUGGUGGUGUUUUGUUUUACAUUUCACUGUAGCACCAUUUCUGAGUUCUUCUGAUUUAACACUUGUGAUUUAUUUUUGGCACAGGGAGAAAAAAAUGCCAACUGUGUAAUUCAAUAGUGACCAUGUUAUGUGAUCAUAUGAGUGCCAUGUUUUCAGCUUUGGGUAAUUACCAAAGGUAAAGGUUGAUACCUUUCAUGUUAGGUUUGUGUGAUCCAAUACGUGUUUUCUUGCUUUCUUUCGGGUGCUGUAUCACUUUGCAGCUCGCACUUGCCUACGUUUGGGCGUCUAAGUGAAGGAAUGAGACUGUGUGAAACUUAUGAUGUUCAGUGAAAAUCUGAUACAGGCCUUUCCUCUCCAUAAGAUCUGUCGCAGUAUUUUUUGCCAGGGAGAAAAUAACUAAAAGCUUGGUAGGAAUGGAGGUCUUCACAAGGGUGAGAAUAAACUCAACCCACUACGAUUUAAUGCGAAACGUUUCCCAACUAAACAACACGAACAUCUACCCGAGUAAUGAGCAGAAUUGAGAGUAAUUUAAAAGUGUGCUGAGGCCCAAACCACGUUCCCUUUAUGAAUACGAUGCUGCCUAGCUGGAUCUCGUACGGAACAGAAACCAAGAGAGUCGACAGCGAGCGAGGGAAUAAAUGACAAACAGGCGGGACGAGCUUAGAUGUGAAUAAUCUUCUGUGCCCAGUGUGAACGCACUGCAAGUAGAUUAUUAUUAAAUCUAUUUACAUCGUUCAACACGAAGACCGCAGCACAUUCCAAAUCCUUUCUCCAACAUUCGAUAGGACCGAGGCGCCGAGGGAACAGACACGCCUAAUUACUGCCAACGUGUCUGGUCUGUUCUUGAAAUGAAUACAUUUGUUGUCUGUUGAUAACGUAAUUAGCCAAGUUGUGACAGGCAUGUGUUUUAUGCCUCAUGAUUGUGUUUGUGACUGUGUAGUACACAGUGGUCAUUGUUGGCAUGCCUUGUCAGAUUAUAUUGUAUAUCCCCAAAUUGACUUAAAUUAGUAGUUGUCAAUUUCUUGUCUAGUGACAAGACUGUUAAUGGCAUGGAAAAAUGUAUAAAUAUUAACAACGUCCAUUGUGUUUUCCCAGGCGUACAUGACUGAAAUGCUCAGAUAUCCCCCAUCAGCAUUGUGCCUCCUGGUAACAGCCAUGAUCUAAUAUCCAUACAUUUACUUUAUUACAAUUUUCUCACCGAUCCAGACAAAAGCAGGUUUCAGCAGGUCAGCCUUCGUUUCCGUACCACCGGGUGACGCACAUCUGUGACAUCCCACAGUAAAAAUGUGAAUCUGAAUAUGUUCCUCCUCCAUUUAUUUUUGGUGAAGGCUAUAUUCAUGAGAAAACAUGCUCCGGUGACGAGUUUCAUUUCUUUCAACGUGUUUGUCUCUCUUUUAUUCUCAUUUGUUUGCCCCAACCUGCUCCCACAGGUUCAGAGUGUUGGUCGGGCAGGAGCUGGGUGCUAAUCAUCCUCCUUGCAGGGAGAACGUGGGUCUAUGUUGAGUUUUUUUUUAUAUGCGGUUGACUCUUAUGCAGGUCAAACAGGAAGGAGUAUGCAAACAAAAGGGUUGUGUGUAAUUGUGUCAGUGCUCAUAUCCCCUGGAGGCUUCUGUAAGUGUUUACAAGUGUAUCACUGUCAUCCAUGUCUGGGAAGCAACUCAUACAUGAGAAGAACACGCAGCCUUGAAGAAUGUUGGCCUCCCAUAAAGCUUAUUAUCAUUUAAGAUAAGUGAUUGACUCAGAGUAUGUUUAACUUCUCAACUGCCAUUACAAGUUUACACAAAUGGACGCGUGCAGCGACGUAACAGUGCAGUGAUGUGACAGAAAAUACUGUUCUCGUCUGCAACUUUUAAUUCCAUCCAUUUUUCUAUUGCCGUUUUCACGUUUGCUACUUUUUCAGAGCACAGGUGUGUUUUCAAGUGCUUUUCUGCUUAGUUCCAUUCAGCAGACAGUCAAUCUGUGCGUUGGCACCAGAGCGUGAGAAGUUCUAACUCAACAUUUGUUUUACUCUAUCAAGCAGAUCAAUAAUUGAUCAAACGGCCCAGACAGAAUUAACGAUAGUAGAUUUUCUUGUUGUGGCUUUUGAAGACAUCAGGUUUCAGUAUUUCCACAGGAAUGAUGAUUCUGUACCAAUACAGUAAAGUAGACGCUCGAGUUAAAGCCAGCUCAAAGAACCUAAGCACUGAAUUAUUAAAACCUCAGGCAAAACUAGAAACAUCAGCUCUGUCAUUAUACCCACACAAAACUGUCCCCAACAAAAGCAAACCAACAAAAAGCAUGUCUUCCUCACUCCACGUCCGUGUUGAAGCCGUUCAGGCCUCACUUGGAGACUGAUGAUGCUUUUUUUUUGCUUCGUCCUUGUUGUUAGUCUCAGAGCCACAGGCAAUCCACGUGAGAAAUCCAUUUUAUGUGCUAUUAAUGUUUAAUCCUUUUGUAGGAGGAGGCUGGCGCAGGUUGCCUCUUCUAUCUCUGCAUGUGUACCAGCAGAAAAUCACAGACUCACAUUCGCAGUUCAAUCCUUUGAUGUUUCCUUGGCCCAAUUAAACGGAACUUUAGUUUCUUAAAUAAUGAAUCAGUUAAAUGGGUUGUGGAUUUAUGUCUAAUCAGUUUCUAAAUGACUAAAGGAGUUAAAUGCUUCCAUUAGAAAAAAACCUUUGUGGAAAGUCUCCGUCUUCUCGCUCUGCAGUGAACUUCUAUCAACGUGAUCUGUCCUUGAAACAAGUGAAGCAUUGCUUUAAUGAACAAUCAUCAUUAUUUGAGGUUAAUAACUAAAACUGAAUCAUUCUAAUUAUUCUGUCCGUCUUUAACUUAAUCCUUAAACUUUCUUUGCAUGAAUAACAAAAACAGCUCAAUGGAUUAUGUGUAAUUUGCACAAUUUUGUAGAAAUUCUGUCACUUUUUCCGCCCGAACACAUGGAGCAGGAAGCGGUGAGUCAGAAUAAACGAAGCUAAAGGCCCUUUGUGGACGGCGGGUAAUGGGCCGGUCUUCACAGACACGAGAGCAGCAGCAGAAGGUGUUUGGCUGCGUGCGGGCAGACAUCUGGGAUUAAAGGGACUCCCAGUGCUCCAACCAGCAGGUUGCUUCAGUUGAACCGGGUGAACACACGUGUGCGUGUGCAUCAGGGGCCUGUUGAGCAGAGCGUUAUUACCAAACGUGCAUAAACAUCAGCGUUCCUGACGACAGGCCGCUUCCUUUGCUCCGGGACAGGUUUUAGCACUGACAGUCAGCUGCAAAUCCAUUCAUUCUGUGUCUUUAGACCUUUUGUCUAAUCCUCUAUUAAGUCCAUUAGCUUCCUGCGUGGGAGGUGGGUGAGUUUUGUGCCAAAUGUGGACAAUGGGGAAGCAUCCCGUGCGUUUCUUUGCGAAGGUGAAGUAAAAAAAACGACGUGGCAGCUGUUGUUUUCUCUUAUGCACUGGCAAAGAAAUGUACAGUUACCUGUAGCUGGCUGAGCAGAAGAGCAUUUGAAAUCACCCCAAAGUGUGCGAGCGUGUGUUUGUGAGUGUGUGUGUGCGUGUGUGCGUGCGUGUGUGAUCAUUUCCAUUAACACAAUAUGCAUUAACUCUGCAAGGUUCCGUUUCCAAAGAUGGACAAAGGACUUAACAAUCUGUGAAAUAUCUGUGAAUUUUGUACACUAGAUAAAAGAAAAUAUGCUAAGGUUAAAAAAAAAGCUUCUAUGGAUGUUUUAUACUCAGCCUGAUCUUGACAUGUCUGUGUGUUACUCUACUUUGAGUUGGCCGUUUGUCUUUACUUUGCUGUUUCUCUUCUUCAUGCUCGGAGGGGACGCGGGUGUCAUUGGGAAUCCAGGGAUCACCUUUUAGUUCCUCGUAACGACAUAUGUUAUAAAGGUUUAACAACAGAGGAAGCAUAACACAGUGUACUACAUAAAGAAAAGUUGUUAUAUUUGCAUGAUUCCCUGUAUUUUUUGAGAGACAAAAUAUAUUGUUGUGUACAAUGAGUGGAUGUGAAUUGAAAACAAAAACCGUAGGGGCUGAAAUACCAGUGUUUAUUUGAACAUUUAGGUUUUAGCUGUUUUUUAUUCUCUGUGAUGUUUUCUAUUUACAUUCUUACCCGCUGGGGUUGCUUUUUAUUCUAUGCUGACACUGCGGCAUCCAUUGCUACUCGUUUAGCCAUAUCUGGGAGAAGAGCUGGUAAAAGGUCUGAGGCAGGUACAGUAGGAACUGCACCCUGUCCUUCUCCAUUGUGAAGGGUCACAGAUGAUGGUUAUAAUUCUCUCACUCACUUUCAUUUACAUUUAUUGGCUCUAUGAACAUAGCGGCAUAGCAGGCUCAAUCAUCUGACGCAUAUUAAAGCCUAAUUAAUUAGAAAGUAAACUGCAAUAACCUCUUAAGUUGGCUCAACACAGCCAUGGUGUAUUAGCUACACUGUUUUACAUUAAAUUGCUUCAUAAUCAGGCAAGGCACUUCUGGUUUAUCAAGCCUACAGGCUCAUUUAUAACUCAUGCUUGAUGCUGUUUUUUUAUAUAUCCCCAAAUCCAAACUGGUAAAAACUUUCUAACUGUGUUACUGCGUUAUGCUGUGCCGCGUCAGAGGAACAGGCGAUGCUUUCUGCAGCCGCUCGCAUCCAUUGCUAUUCCGAGCACAUGCAGUAACUGAGUGCUGUACUACUCCAAAAGCCCAGACGAUCGGCCUUGUCAGAGCCACAGAUUGGAAACUCAGCAACUUCCAGGCGCGGCUCUCAGGUUGCACAGGGAAGGCAGGAAAGUGGAGCCAUCCUCAGCCCACGGAGGGCUUCAUUUCCUGGGACGGCUCUGUUUAAACGUUAAUGUUUCCCAGGUUUGCAGCAACAAAAACCUCCACUGAUUAUGUUUAGUGGCGAAAGUCAGUGUAGAGACAUGUACCAUGAAACAGACGUGUUGCAGAGCUCCUAAGGAUUAAAUGUGUUAAACCCCACUUAGUCGCUGGACUGGUUUGAGUUUCUCUAUUUUCAGGAGCAAGUAAAUGUGUUUAAUGGGGUUUGCAAACUGAGACACACACAAGGAAAGUUAAACACUCAUUUUAAACCAUUUCAGGGGGUAAUGCUUAUAAAUAUGAAUUUAUUAUACCCUAAUUAGUUAUUAGUGUCAUUUCCAUUGAAGUUAUAACCACCAUCUGUGUGAACCCUAAUGUGACAGGAAGAAUUUUGUAAUUUUGUGCCAGGUUUGAGGCUCAGGGGGUCUUUAGGUUCAGACGGCAGCCAUCACUGCAUCACAUGAAGCUCCCUGUUCAAAUCUAAUGUGGCUCUUCCUCCUGGUUCAGGGACCAAAAGGGAAAGAUAACACACAGAUUGAUGCAGCAGGAACAUUUUAGGGCUUUUUGAUUUUAUUAUUUGUUUGUUGCUGAUAUUGACAUUUAGUUUUGCUUUGCAAUUUCUGUACAAAAGAUCUAUUUCUAUAUUUGCAAUAAAUUUGUAUUUAAAAAUCUAAAA